GUCGCUUUUUUAGCGCCAUCUGCUCGCGGCACCGCCUCCUGCUCCUCCCGCCGCCGCCCUGAGUCACUGCCUGCGCAGCUCCGACCGCCUGGCUCCCCGUGCUCGCCACCGAUAUUUGGAGUUCUUAACAACAUGGCAGACAUUGACAACAAAGAACAGAAUGAACUUGAUCAAGAUUUGGAUGAUGUUGAAGAAGUAGAAGAAGAAGAAACUGGUGAAGAAACAAAAAUCAAAGCGCGUCAGCUGACUGUUCAGAUGAUGCAAAAUCCUCAGAUUCUUGCAGCCCUUCAAGAAAGACUUGAUGUUCUGGUAGAAACACCAACAGGAUACACUGAAAGUUUGCCUAGGGUAGUUAAAAGACGAGUGAAUGCUCUCAAAAAUCUUCAAGUUAAAUGUGCACAGAUGAAGUUCUAUGAGGAAGUUCAUGAUCUUGAAAGAAAGUAUGCUGUUCUCUAUCAGCCUCUGUUUGAUAAGCGAUUUGAGAUCAUUAAUGCAAUUUAUGAACCUACAGAAGAAGAAUGUGAAUGGAAACCAGAUGAGGAGGAUGAAAUUUCGGAGGAGCUGAAAGAAAAAGCCAAGAUUGAAGAUGAGAAAAAAGAUGAAGAAAAAGAAGACCCCAAGGGAAUUCCUGAAUUCUGGUUAACUGUUUUUAAGAAUGUUGACUUGCUCAGUGAUAUGGUUCAGGAACAUGAUGAACCUAUUUUGAAGCACUUGAAAGAUAUUAAAGUGAAGUUCUCAGAUGCUGGCCAGCCCAUGAGUUUCAUCUUAGAAUUUCACUUUGAACCCAAUGAAUAUUUCACAAAUAAAGUGUUGACAAAGACAUAUAGGAUGAGGUCAGAACCAGAUGAUUCUGAUCCCUUUUCUUUCGAUGGACCAGAAAUUAUGGGUUGUACAGGGUGCCAGAUAGAUUGGAAAAAAGGCAAGAAUGUCACUUUGAAAACCAUUAAGAAGAAGCAGAAACACAAGGGACGUGGGACAGUUCGUACUGUGACCAAAACAGUUUCCAAUGACUCUUUCUUUAAUUUUUUUGCCCCUCCUGAAGUUCCUGAGAGCGGAGAUCUGGAUGAUGAUGCUGAAGCUAUCCUUGCUGCAGACUUUGAAAUUGGUCACUUUUUACGUGAGCGUAUAAUCCCAAGAUCAGUGUUAUACUUUACUGGAGAAGCUAUUGAAGAUGAUGAUGAUGAUUAUGAUGAAGACGGUGAAGAAGCAGAUGAGGAAGGGGAAGAAGAAGGAGAUGAGGAAAAUGAUCCAGACUAUGACUCAAAGAAGGAUCAAAACCCAGCAGAGUGCAAGCAGCAGUGAAGCAGGAUGGUCUACCUUCUGCUUCCCUGGAAAGGAUGAAUUUACAUCAUUUGACAAGCCUAUUUCAAGUUUUUUGUUAUUGUUUGUUUGCUUGUUUUUGAUUUUGCAGCCUAAAAUUAAAAUGUCAAAUAUUAAA